AUGCAGCAAAGUCUGUUUCUGCAACAGCAGCAGCAGCAGCAGAAGCAGCAGCAGCAGAAGCAGCAGCAGCAGCAGCAUCUAGCAUGGCUAUCUCCUGUGCGGCCUCAGAAGAAUAUAUUAAUACCAAAUAAUACAGCAACAGCAGCAGCAGCAACAGCAGCAGCAGCAACAGCAGCAGCAGCAGCAGCAAAAGAAGAGAACACAGAUAAGGGGCCUAAGCCCAUCUCUCUAAAGUCUUUUGCUGCUUUGCAUCGUCGCUGUGCUGCAGCAGCAGCAGCGUGUGAAGCCCCCGGAGCAGCAAUAAGAGCAGCAGCAGGGGCCCCCGUUGAUGUUCUCUCGCUGCGUCUGCAGCAGGUUCUUGCUGCAUGCAACAAAGCCAAGGCAGAACGUAAUGAACAGGCAAAGAGAGAAGCAGCAGCAGAAAAAGCAGCAGCAGCAGCUGCUGCUGCUGCAGCAGCAGCUGCUGCUGAGAAAGGAGAGCACCAACAAGGUCCGCAUCAGCAGCAGCAUCAGCAGCACCAGCAGCACCUGCAGCAGCACAUGUACCCGCAACAGCAGCAGCAGCAGCAGCAGCAGCAGCAACAGAGCAGCAGCAGCAAUAUGCAAGGCUCCUUUGCUGGCGGAGGCCCCCCCCUUAACAACUCGGGGCCCUAUGAAAUUCAAAAAUCAUUCAGGGGGCCUGUGCAUGUGUCGGUGGGGUCUGCUGUUGACUGGAAGGGCCGCUUCAGCUGGGAUGAAGAUGUCGCGAAAAUUAAUAAAACUGUCUUCGGCAACCUCGCCUUCAGACCUAUGCAAGAUCAGAUGAGUCAGCUGGAGGCGUUGGGUGUAGAGUGUCGCUCCUUCACCUCCACCCAGACCUGGGAUGAACAGCGCCAGGUGUAUGAUGAGCUACCAGACUACGCUCAGCUUAAAACUCUCAGAGAAGAAUAUCCUAACGUCCCUAUCAUCGCAUUAACAGCAACAGCAACUGUCUCCUCAGUUGCAGAGGUGCAGAGACACCUGAAAAUGAAGGACAGCGUUGUCUUCUGUCGCUCUUUUGAUAGGCCUAACCUCAGAUAUUCUGUAAUCCCAAAGCAGCGACUGAAGACAACAGAGCAAGUAGCUGAUUUAAUACAAACAAGAUUUAAGGGUUUAUGCGGCAUCGUAUACUGUCUAAGCCAAAGAGACUGCGAAAGAAUAGCUGAGGGUCUCUCUUCUUUAGGUAUUUCCGCUUCUUUUUAUCAUGCUAAGCUUGAUGCAGACACUAGAGAGAAGGUGCAGAGAAGCUGGAUGCAGAAUCAAUAUAAGGUUAUAGUAGCAACUCUUGCAUUCGGGAUGGGCGUUAAUAAGAAAGAUGUUCGAUUUGUUAUUCACACUGCGAUGCCUAAGUCUUUAGAAAACUUCUACCAGGAGUCGGGGCGGGCGGGGCGAGACGGAGAGGAAGCGAGCUGCAUUUUGCUGUACGACUAUCAUGAUAAGCAACGCCAAACCUUUCUUAUGCAGGGCGGCAGGUAA